GCGGGAGUUGCUCGGCAAAUCUGUUAAAAAACGCCAUAAAACCUGCAAAUUAAUAGUUUAUUUGUAUUUAAAAGUAUUCGGCCGAGUUUAUUGAGACAAGGUUAUAUAUUUGGAAGAGCUUGUUUGGGAGGCGUUGCCUGCAAGCGAGUUGCGAAAGUUACUUGCCAGGCGAGACCGAGACCUUCUGGCCUUAUUGUUGUUGCUGCCACAGCUCUUUUGGCUUUCGUAGUCGUUGUCGUUGCUGCUACCUGGCGCCAGCCUCUGUUGUUUUGUAAAUUCUGCCAAUAUGAUGAGCAACUACGGCAACAUAAUGACGGACUCUCCAAGGUCGUCGCCACACGGCGGACGCUCGCCGGUUGUGGCCCGCCAGGAUUCAUCGGGGACGCUGAAGACAACCAUUUCAUUGGGCAAAACACCAACCAUCAUACACACGGGUCCCUUCUACUCGAUGAAGGAGCCGCCGGCUAAGGCGGAGCUGACAGGUGACAAGGAUCUCAUGACUGAAUACGGUCUGCACCACACGCUGACCAAAUUCAAGGAGAAAAAGUUUAAAGAAUCGCUGUCUUCCUUUCUGCAAAACAUCCCCGGCAUCAAUGACCUCAUAACGCAUCCCGUCGAAAACAGUACGCUGCGGAGCGUGAUCGAAAAGCCGCCCAUCGGUGGCAAGGAGCUCCUUCCGUUGACUGCAGUGCAGUUGGCCGGCUUUCGAUUGCAUCCCGGACCGCUUCCGGAGCAGUAUCGUACCACAUAUGUCACACCUGCGCGAAAACACAAAAACAAGCACAAAAAGCACAAACACAAAGAUGGCGUGACCACGGGGCAGGAGUCAACGCUACUGGAUUCUACUGGGCUGGAAACUUACGAAAAGAAGCACAAGAAACAGAAGCGGCAUGAGGAUGAUAAGGAACGGAAGAAGAGGAAAAAGGAGAAGAAGCGAAAAAAGAAAAAUCAAAGUCCAGAGCCUGGAGUCGGCCUUCUGCCGGGUGGAGCUGGUCUGGGCAAUGCUGCUGGAGGCGGAAUAAUGGGUGCCACCGGCCUGGGAUCUCUGGGCGGAGGUCCUGGUCCUGGCGCCGGUACCGGUAUGUCCAAUCUGAGCGCCAGCAUGGGUCCUGGUGUCGUAGGUAUGAACAACUUCUCCUCAUCAAUGCAAAUGCAGCAGCAACAGAUGCCUAUGCAGCAACAGCAAAUGACCAGCGGAGGCCUUCUGGGCUCGGUCCUGGGCGUUGGCGGCGGUCCUGGCGGAGGAGGUGGCGGCGCUGGCAGUGGGGGUGGCGGUGGAAGCUUAUUAAUGUCACAGUUUUAGGCAGGAUCCUUCAGUAAAAUAAACUCGGCUCAUUACCUCUCAUCAGAACCGAACAGAUGGAAAAAAAAAACAAAAACACGAGCACACAGACCAAUCCAGAGAUGCAUACAGCUUCAGUAUCGCCCGUGCCUGAAGAACAGCAUGAACUUCUCUAGAAAUCUAUGGUGUCUCAUUGCAGCGCACCAUAAAUGCAAUCCUUCUCGAGAACGUUUCGUGACUAGUUAUUAAUUUAUCAAUAUGAUUAUUGUAAAAUAGUGUAUUUUUGUAAUUAGCAAACAUUUCUCGUUCAUUUCUCGCGCUAGCUUAAUGAGAUUUAUUUACAUAAAUGCAAGUUAUGGUACAAAUCGCACGCAAAACGUUUCCGCUCUCGAUUCUAGCUCGCCCCGUCCCACCCCGCCCCACCACGCCCAAGCUCUUAUUGAACAUUUUUUUUGCUUAACGAUUUACAUUAUAUAUUGUUUAGGGUCAGUAUUUCAAAUCUAUCUUGCAAUGGUUUGUUCUUCCAGCAAUUUUAUAAACACAAAAGAAAAACAAAAAAAAAGCUGAGAUUCGACAAUGAAUGCCUGUACUAUAAGUAAUUAAUU